AUGGGGAAAAAAAACUCGAGAUUAUUGAAUAAAAUAUACCAAAAGCCGUUGCCAAUUGAUGUUGCUGUAAAUGUCGCUGUUGUAUUAACAAAUCCCAUUUCGUGGUUUGAGUAUGUUUGGAAUUUCAUACGUGUCAAUUUAUGGAACACUCCAGAUGUAAGCAAAAUCGAUGUUGUUUGUGACAAUGGUGUGUUUAAGGUUGUUAAUGCUGAUUCGAUGGUUAAGUUGUGGAGGGAAGGCUUUUUUGGCAAGGGUGUUUUGUCGAGAUCUGAGCCUACAUGGCACGCAAGAACCGUAUCUAGGCUCAAUGGCGAUGCUGAUGAUGGAAAAUCGAGUGGUGUUGCCAUGGAAGAUGUAACAAAGAGUCGGAGACAUGAAAGGAUAGAGUUUAAGCGACAGAGACAAAGGUUGCAGGAUUUGCAAUUGAAGCAGAGAAAGGGGUUGAUUGAAGAAGAGGAGGUGGUUGAGAUGGCAAAGUUGGAUGAGCAAUUAGUUGAAUUUAGGAGAAAGGAUUUUGUCAAUGUUGAAGAGGCCGAAGUUGGGAUGAGGGACGAAGAUGCUGAUAUUAUUGACGGCAAAAAUGGUUCUGUUGUUCAAUUGGAGUAUAUGCAAUUGCAAGCUGUGGAGGUGUUUUUCUUGCAAUUUGCACUUGAUAAAGUCAGUGUUUGUGAUAUAUCGCUAAAGCAAUUGUUUAUCCAAUGUUGUCAACAAUAUGAGCCGUCAUCUCCAAUUCUGUCCAACAACAAAUUCAUUGUCAAUUAUGUUGUGUAUCACUAUUUCAGAUCCAAAGGUUGGUGUGUGAGAUCGGGUAUCAAGUUUGGCACUGAUUAUUUGUUGUAUAAACGAGGUCCACCGUUUUCGCAUGCCGAGUUUUGUGUGCUGGUCAUGCAAGAUAAUCACCAAAAUGACACCAGUUUGUAUGAUUGGUUUCAAAUAUGCGCUCGAGCAAGAGUUAUUGGUAGUGUAAAGAAGAACUUUGUCCAGGUUUAUGUGGUGGCCCCAUUGCAAGCAGAAUUUGAUGAGGUAUUCGCUACCACAAACAUUGAUGAGGGACUAAUGUUUAGGAAGUUAUUGAGCAUGUACAAAGUGUCGGAAGUGUUAUAUAGAAGGUGGAAUCCUAGCCGGACUAGAGAUUGA